GACGCUGAGCCCAGGACCAGAACUCACAGGGCGCGCCAAGACCCCAGGCUCCAUGGCGCAGAAACCAAUCAGCACGGCAGCGGCGGAGCGCAUGAACCUGGUGGCCGACGAGAUCUGGAAAUACCGCCUGAAGGCUGAAAACGAAGCACGGCAAAACUGGGCCCAGAACUGGGGAUUUUUAACAACCCCCCUCAAGGAGCUGAUCAAGUGUGAAGAAGAAGCCAGCACCCCCAAGCCCAGAAUCGAGCUCCCCGAGCGGUUCCGCAUCCGGCCAGUGACCCCAGUGGAGAAGUAUAUCCAGGUGCUUCCAUCCCCCCCAGUCCCAAAGACGACCCAGGGCUUCAUCGGCUGGAGGUCUGGGGUGCCAGGCCUGAACAAGUGUCUGGAGCAUGACUGUGAGAUCAGGAGCUGCAAAGGGGCGUAUGCCAAGGAGCUAAACUGGCCCAAGCAGGGCAUACACUGAUCCAGACAGAGACGCAGCCCUGGGCAAAGAAAGGGUGGACCACCAAGCCCUGGAGCCCAGCCCAGGAAAAGAGGAGGCCGCCAGCCUCCCCGUGAAGACAGAGCCCCCUCCACGUUUGCUCAUAGGAUGUUGCUGCAAAGAACACAAAACAGCCCCUAGAUGCUCUCAAUUCAUCAAUGCCUCCCUUCCAGAAUAUGCUUGUAACACAUUCACUCUUGGCUAAUGCAAUGGAAAAGGCAAAGCAGAUUCUCUGAAUUUUUUUUACGACUUUGGGAAUGCCUAGGUAUAGCUUUAUAUAUUUAAAAACAAUAAAGCAUGAUCUCAUUUUUAAA